AAUAAAAAAGUUGAUGUUUAUACUACCAAAUUUAAAAGACUAUUAGGAAAAGUAGACCUUGAAGACAGCUUAUCUAAUAAAUUCAUAAUUAGGAUAUUUCUAAGUGAGUUAAAAGAAAAGACUGUAAUCUUUGUUGUAGUAUCAGAACUCAAAAAUCUAGAAGAAGCUAUUAUUAGUGCUAGAAGGGUAGAA